AUGGAACACCGAGACCGAACCACUGCGAACUCAGCCAAUGGUCUGCUCAGUAGACAAUUCGCCAGCAUAACUGACGUUCUAUUCAAAGCAAGUGAGCGACGAAAUCAGGAGCUACAGAAGCUGCAACAAAGACUGUUGAGACCAGUACCCACCCCAUCGACAUCCAAGUCUGCACACGAGCUUUUUGUUACAGCCAAGCCGGAGUCAUCGCAGGGCAGUGGCUCUGGUGACGAUUGUGUCGAGCUCGAACAGGUCGAGCAGAACAACAAAGGUACUACCAGCGACUACUUGACAGUGGUCGCCUCUACUAUGGGACUUUCAGAAAUAUCAGGGAUACAGGUUCAGUUGCGCGGUGGCUAUGUGUCGGACUGUGCAGACGACUCCAAGAUGAUGAUCGCGGAGUUGAAUUCGCCAAAGCAAAAGCAUUCUGGCAGCGGAGUCCAGGAAGAACUCGAUGACAACGAUGAUCUGGCGCGAAUGUUAGCCGGUCUGAAAAACCACUGGUCGUCAUUAAAAGGCAACGCUGUUAGGCAGAGGAACGACCCAAAAGCUAUAUCUGCAGGCCUCAACGUGUAUGAGGAAGGCGAAUUAUCGGCCUUGGCUAAGCGUCUAGGCAUCGACAGCAAUGAGAGCGAAGUCUUCGAGGAUUCGAAAGCUGCACUUGAUAUCCUCAGUGAGCAGGACCAAACUUAUGGUACAGGCCAUUCCGAAGACGAGAACGACGAUCUCGAGUUCCUCCAUGCCAAGCUAGCGACUAUGUUUACACCACCCUUCGGCACAGCCUCUGGAGACUUCCCGUAUAUUGCCAAGAGUAAAUCUGUUGUCAGCAUAACACCAAGUCCUCAAAAAGAUGUAGCUGGUAUGCUCAAGCCGGCAUAUAUAUCAUCUGCUGUCGCCUUGAGAUUGGAGAGCCGGGACGUUGAGAGUGAAGGUGCUAAGGGUCGGUUCACACAACCGUUCAGUAACAGCAUGGAUGAACAGGAGGCCAAGGACGAAAAAGCUGAGAUGGUGAAGAAAGAGAACGAGAAGCUUGAGGCCACCAUCAAGUAUGUCUUGGAGGAGGAAAAGAGGUACCACAAGAUCGAGGAGAACAAGCGCCUGCCAGCUCGCCUGAUCCUCUCCAACCUCGCUGCCGAUGCAGAUGAUAAAGCCAUUCGCAUAUUCUUCGCCAAGUACAGCACGGAAAUCCGUGAUGUCACCCUUCUAUCCAAACGCGAUCCACUCAAAAGGACCAGAACGGCAUACGUCGACAUGUACAGCAGGAAUGUAGCGGUUCGUGCAUCCUACGAGGUCGGAGGUAUCUUCGGAUUGAUCGUGAAGAUCAAGUUGGCAGUGGAGUAA